AUGAAAACUGCAAUCAUCUUCCUGGUUCUCAUCGCUGGCAUCUCUGCCCAAUUCAGUGCGACUGCUCAACAACAAAUCGUUGAUGCACACAACAAACUGAGAUCUUCUAUUGCAAAAGGAACUUAUGUGGCGAAAGGAACCACUGAACCAGCUGGAGCUGAUAUUUUGAAAAUGAAAUGGGACUCCUCGAUCGGAACUUCCGCCCAGAACUACGCAAACACCUGUCCAACUGGGCAUUCUGGAGCAGCUGGACUCGGAAAGAAUAUCUUCUGGAGCUGGACUAGCGGACAGUUUGGAGCCCUCGAUUCAUAUGGAGUAACUGCGUCCAACUCAUGGGAGAAGGAGUUCCAAGACUACGGAUGA